AUGGAACUCGAUCAACCUGAACCACCUGAAGAACUUUCCGAGAAAUCCAGUAAUCGCACACACUAUACUCGCUCUGCUAAGACAAAGUUGGUCACAGAAUGUUCCAUCGAAGUUAGUCAAGAUUCGGUUUCUUCGAAAUCCUCCAAUGCCACUGUUCAUGCCCCUGAAGGUGUUGUGGGAAAGACUUUAAUCAAUUCUCACACUCAGCAUGCGUUAUUUAAGCAUCUCCUUAUGAAUACUUCACAAGAAUAUCAAGCUUCAAUUGGUGUUGAAGCACUCUCUCAUUCAACCUCAACUAAAUGGAAACCGGUUUCUCCUUCUGAUGAAGUCUUGACAGAACUUCAAGUGGCAGUAGCAGGUCGGACAGACUUCACAAUCUCUGAAACUUCGAAAUUUGAGUCAACCGUUCAGUGGGAACAUGGAGGAAAGAACUUUACUCAAUUUUCAAAACAUAAGGGUAACAGUUAUGUACAGUUUGAAACUGGAGGACGAGUAAACUUUGGCACUAUUGAUGAAAUACUCCGUGUAGUUGGACUCGAUGAAUCACGGAACCCUUUCCGCUCCCUGCCCUAUUUGAAAGCUACAGUUAUGUACCAUUCAUAUCAAAAAGUCCAAUGUGUGCUAGUUGAUAAAAUGUUUGGACAUGUUGCUGUACAUGUGAAUCCCCCAAAUACGUUCAACAUAUCCCACGCAACAGUAUCAAUAGUUGCACUCAGAAGCAUGUUGUUUCCUCUUGUGAUUGGAAUCAUUUCCAUUCAAGUCUUUAUGUAUCAAGUGGCAAAUUUGAGGAGGACCUGA